AUGAGGUCACUGUCAUCGUCAUCUGAUCAGCAGCGCCUUCGCGCCGCUGUUCGUUGGCUGGAGCAGGAAUGCCCAGAGGAACUGUUUGCCAGAGUGUUAGCAUUUGCUGGUCCUCGAGAGGUAUCUUCCUUCGUCAAGAUCGACUCGCAGCCCUGGAAGCAGAUGAUGCAAUCCGAGACGGUCUGGCAUGUAUUGUGUCAUGAUCUGCACAAGUGGCAACCAGGCGACCCGGAACCCAAAUCUUGGCGUGAGCACUACCAGACAAACCUCUGUGUUCCUUCGGAGUUUGCUACCCUUCAAGAGGCACUGGAGGCAUCUCAACAGGCACCAGCUAUUCGAAUUCUGGUACAACCAGGCAUUCAUCGGGUGGAUAAUGGUAUCGUGGUGAAUAACUCCGGUAGCCUUACCAUUGAAACAUUGCAGGUGCCUUUGCACGAAGAACCCUCCCAAGGUAUCCCCAAAUUUCAUCACGCUUCCAUGCCAUACUGCGGUGGCCAAAAAACAGUCGCUACUCUUGCAAUGGAGAACACCCGACAGAAUCUUCCCAUGUUUCAUGUGCAGCAAGGAACACUGCUGCUCAAGAAUAUCAAACUGGAGCACUCAUGUUAUGGAAAUGAGUUUCUCGAUGGCAAUGCUGCCAUUCACAUCGAGCCGUCAUCUUUGCGUUGCCACUUUAGGACGACAAAAGAUUUUCUUCCAGCAGCAACAAGUUUUAGUGUGGACCAUCUACCAUCCCUCUCCUUGCAAAGCGUGGAAAUCACCUCUCACUCUGGACAAGGGAUCAUGAACAAUCGUGGUGGAAAUGUCCGUAUUCACGAUUGCUACAUUCAUGAUUGUGCCGCCACCGGACUCUACGUCGAUGCUCCCCAAUCGGAUGUGCUGGUGCAACAAUCCGACAUCAUGGCCAAUGGACACGCGGGGGUGCAUUUGGAGUUUGGGACCGGUGCUAGGGUAUUGAAUUGUGGCAUUGUGGGAAACUCCUCCAUUGGAGUUUCGGUGCAUGAUACCCUCUUGUCACUCGAGUGUUCCGAUGUGGUGGCCAAUGGAUAUCAGUUGGAACUGGAACGGCCACCGAAACGAUUGCAAAAGAACAACAUUCAUGCCCUUCUCAUGAUGGAGCAGCAGCAACAAUUGGCGGCGCAUUCACAUCCCAAGAAUGAUUAUGGACGGUCCAUCAUCACUCGAACGCCCAUGGCACAGCGAAACUUUGUUCAUCACAUGUCCAAAUUUACCUUGUUGAUGGACAACCACAGACGUCGUGGCACUAUAUAA